AUGGUUUCCUCCGCAAAGCUCAGCUGGUUCGGACAGAGGAAGGUGGAAUGCUCGCGCGCUCUUCCUCCCGCUUCUAGUUCCUCUGAUCCUCCAAGCUUCCCCCCCUUAGUCCAACCUACAAUCACGCAAAACAAGAUCAAAGAAUGCGCAUGCGUAUCCGAGAAAGUUGAGUGGGAAGCGAUUGACCAAGCGCGUACGAAGCUGAUCACGAAAUUGGAAUGUGAGCGCGAGAAGCUGGCAGCCGACUUGGGGAGCGCGCGCGCGCAGCAGAGCGCGGCGCAGGCAGCCGCGGAGGAGAGCCGCGCGAGGAGCGUCGACCUCGAAGCGCACGUCGCGCAGCUCUGCGCUGCGCUCGAGGUAGAAAUGCGCGGUUGUCGCGCAAAGGCCGCGCAGAUUCGGAGGCUCGAGACUUCUUUGGACGACGCUAGGGACGCGGGCGCACGGCGCGAAGAGGAGCGCGCGCGCUUCCACUACGUGCUCGCGCCCAACGGACAGACGGGUUCUAUUUCGCGGACGGUCCUGGCGUCCGCUCCUGACUCUCUUCUGUACAAGAUGUACUGCGGAGACUGGGAAUACCCGCGCGAUGAGAACGGGCGCGCGAUCAUUACGUGUCAUCCGGACAGGUGGGCUUCCGUUCUGGAACACCUGACGACCGGAACGGUCCCGACGGAACCGGACUCUCGGCUUCUGGAUCAGGCACGGUAUUGGUACUUGGGGAGGCUUGUAAGGGGUCUAGAGGCCUUGUAUCCGGGAGUGGUCGUUCUAAAUGACCCUGAUGCGGAACCCAUCUAA